AAGAUGCUUAUUGGUCGGUGGUACUAGGUUAAACUGAGGAUUUUAUUUUUGUUCCUGUGUCAACGUAAAGAAGCAAAGAGUAGCCAGUGAGACCCGGCUAAGUUUCAUCAGAGAUAGUUUUUUCAAACAUUACGGAAAGGUCUCCUCAUAUCUGACACCAGCCAUACAUCCACCGCCUUAGCAGAACUCCUUUUGAAGAUGAACUCCAAUGUGGAGAAUUUGCCUCCUCAUAUUCUUCGCUUGGUCUACAAAGAGGUUUCAGCUUUAGCAGCAGACCCGCCUGAGGGUAUCAAGAUUUAUCCAAGUGAGGAAGACAUAACUGAGCUACAUACCGCCAUCGAAGGACCAGAGGGAACUCCGUUUGCUGGCGGCGUUUUCCGUAUGCGUCUCGUCCUCGGGAAAGACUUCCCUGCAGUUCCACCCAAGGGGUAUUUCCUGACCAAGAUUUUUCACCCAAAUGUGGGUCACAAGGGAGAGAUCUGUGUCAACGUGUUGAAGAGGGACUGGAAGGCAGAGCUCGGCCUCAGACAUGUCUUACUUACAAUCAAGUGUCUUCUAAUCCAUCCGAAUCCAGAGUCGGCUCUAAACGAAGAGGCCGGGCGUUUGCUGUUAGAGGACUAUGCAGAAUAUGAGUCCCGAGCUCGUCUGCUCACAGAGAUCCACGCCAUGGGCCCUUCUGGGGCACUUCAGGACCCUAACGACGGCCCACAGCCGAAGAAGCACGCAGGUGACCCCAUGAAGAGAGCGGGACCCAGUGCGGCAGCUGUGCCAGCAGCUCUGGGUAACGGAGCAAAUGCAGCCAGUACCACCAAUAGCAACAGUAGUAGUAGCACUAAUAAUGUAGCAGGGAAAAAGAAAGCAGAUAAAAAGCGCGCAUUGAGGCGACUUUAAUACCACCGGAAAAUUCUCAGUGUGUGUGUGUGUGUGUGUGUGUGUGUGUGUACGUGUGUGAGCGCGAGAGUGUGUAAAUAUAAAUAUUGAAGUGUGCUGACAAUGUUUUUGUUCCCUUUUUUUCCCCUGACUCUUUCUACCACCUAUCCAGACUGCCCACUUUGUACUCAUACCGUAACUUCUGUUUUGCCUCCAGUUUGUCCUGUUGGCAUUACGUUUAUUAUUUCCAUACCUGAUGAUAAAAUGUUUGUUCCUCUUUUUAAAGGAAAGACAACACUUUGACUGCGAAAAUCAUGCCAUCCGUUACAUUCUGCCCUCGGCCUAGUGUGACUGAAUGAUACAGGGAAAAGGUUUCACUGUGCAAAACAUGGCCUCUAAUAUCUGUCCAUUAAUGAGACAUAACUACUAUUGUCUCAGACUUGUUAUAAGCUCUUUGUAAAGUGUUUCUUGGUAAAUGCUGCUGUGAUGGUACUGUGUACUGCUCAGCCAGGCUCACCUGUGAGUCCAAACCAAGAUGUUUAAUUAAUGUCAGGUUUUAAAAUUGACCUCAAAUGAAAUAAUGGUUAUAAGUUGCUAAACAAUUGUGCAAAAAGUGAGUGGGUUCACUAUUGGGAGAGAAUAUUGUUAAUGUCACACACAAAUUGUCACAUCUUUUUAAAUAGUAUUUUUCAUAUUGUGAUUUGAAUGAAAUAAAGGUAUGGAAAGACUUGGCAGUGGAGUAUAAGAGGUCUGUUAUGUUCUUCAUGGAAUCAACCCCUUUUUUUAUGUUAAUUUUUCUAAAAUUGUUUCACUGUCUAGUAUUUUCAAAAGUUGUUUAUAAUUGACAUGUUCAUAUUCAGCUGUCUUGUGGUUAUGUGUGAAGACCUAGAUCAGUGGCUGUGGGAGCGGGGUAGGUUGCCAGACUACUUUAUAAAAAUGAAUCCUCUUCUCUGUAUUAAGCAUACAGUGGUGCGACUCGCUCAAACUACCCCUGCUUCCAUACGAAACACAAUGUGCUCUCAGGUGCCCAGCUCUCCGACCAGCCAUGUGGAUACCUGAGACUACGUCUGUAAGAAAAUGUCCACGUUUGAUAGAAUUUGUCUCUCCACCCGUUGCACUGGCAGGGUUUCCUGGGCAGGGUUUUCUCUCUGUACAUGCAUGCAGGGCUUACAUUUCCCAAGGAAACGCACUGAAGCGCUGUCUUAAUUUGGAUGGAAAAUGUGCCUCUGAAUCUCCUGUCAUUGUGCAGACUGUUGGCUGGAUAUUUUGUGUCCAUUUUAAAUUAUUUAAAUUAAUAAAACAUUGAAAUACAAGAAGUGAAAUGAAAAA